GCCAACCGUUUGAUAAGUCCAAUUUACCAAUUACCCCUCCUUCAAACGGCAGAAUCUCGCGUCUUAAAACUCGCAACCAGCUUCUCGACAAUAUGGAAAUCGACACCAAAUCCCAUCUCCAUGAGUCAAUUCCUGCCGAAAUGAGCACAUCUAGUUCAACAGUCGGGGGUGAUGCAACGCCUACGCAUUCAACGAUGACAGAUGACCUUCUCAGUGACUACCACACGACACCCCCGCUUCCACAACGCAAAGAAACAGUACCGUGGCCAGGCCACACCUUUAUCAUACGCGAACCUAUUUCAGGGAAGCAACUUACCAUUGUCCGCGGAGACCUCCGCCUCGAGCCGCACAAGGGUGAUCAGGGGGGUUAUCAUUGGAUCUGCGUCGAGAAGAACGGAUGGCUAGGGUUCUGCGAUCCUAUACACAGUAUGUACAUGGGCCAUGAUAGCCUCGGUACCUUCAUCGCCCAAGUUAGACAUCAUAAAGCCCACGAGUACUUCUGCACUCAAAGGCACCCGGACGGCGGCUAUCUUCUUUUGACGCAUUAUAAAGAUUGGCUAUGGAAAAUGGUAAUCGCGGAAGACGGCCAGAAACUAGUUACUACAAAGGGUGAUGGUACCGCUUGGGAGUUUAUCAAGGUCUAGGUGAAUGGGCUAUACUGUCUUGUACCAUUGGACUCUGCUCUUGUCUCCCCUAUUCUAUACCUCAUGCCUAAUCCUCAAUCCGCUCCCUUGAUGAAUUCUGUAUUUAAAGCGGUACCUAUCGUGCCAUAAAGACGUCUUGUUAAGACCUACUAUUAACAUAUUUCUA